AUGAUGCGCGUGGGCUCGUGCUGGCAGCGCCAGCGCCAGCUGCAGCAGCUGGCCCGCCUGAUAGCGGUGCGGCAAGCUUCAAAAUACGUCCCGUAUCUCUCUCCUGUGGUUCGCAUCACCUCCGAGGCCGCUACUGGCUCACAUGAGCCAGCUACAUUCACCUGCGGUGCCCUCGCCUACCAAGCCGACGGCGCUGUCACUUUGGAUCAAGCCUGCCCUCUUCAUUCAACCCCUUCCCCUUUCUUAACACCCCUGCUCCAACAGGUCGACUAUCGUGAGCGAGGCACGGCCGUCAAUCUCAUCCCCAAAAGCUUUCACCGCCGCGAGGGUGGCGAGCGUGAUCGCGAAACUCUCGUGGCUCGACUGGUGGAUCGCAGCCUUCGUCCCCUCGUGCCCAGUGAUGUGGCCGCUUCCACCCAGAUGACCGUCAAGCUCCUCGCCUCGCAAGCCCGCAUGGAACCAACCGUACAGUCCAUCGAAGCCGCCUCAGCUGCUCUCAUGGUCUCGGAUAUCUCUUGGCACGGCCCUGUCGCGGCCGUUCGAGUUGGUGUUCGAAAAGCUCUAGAGGUUGCUUCAGACGACGAGCCCUAUGAGCUGCUCAUCAACCCGGAUCACAAGGAGACGGCCGAAUGCGUUGGCGUGCUGCUCUAUUCUGGCGUGCAGGCUGGAGCAGUCAUGAUCGAUUUCGAGGGCGCCGAGCUCCCUCUUCCUGCCCUCAAGCGUGCCCUUCGUGCUGCGCAUCAACAUAUCCAGCCGUCUCUUGAAGCGCAGCGCGAACUUGGCGAGCGCGCCGGUCGUACCAAAAAGCCACUUCUCCGCGAGCCGCUCGCUUUGGGCAUCAUGGCAGCGGCUAUCACCCAAGGCCUGGAAAGCGUGCUUGAAGUGUUGCGGAUGCACAUGCUUUCCAAACGAGAUCGCAUUGAGCGACUUAACAGCAUCACCGAUCAGCUUGAAGCUGAUCUUUUGCAACAGUUUCCCAUGGCUGGCCUGCGCCUCGUGGAUGACGCACUGGAGGAGGUUCUAAAGGAGGCCUUACGUCAGCUCGUCUUGAGCGAAGACACUCGCAUUGAUGGCCGUGACUUUGACGAAGUGCAAGCCGUCCAGGCUGCCAUUAACCUCUAUCCUGAAUUGCAUGGCAACAGCCUUUUUCAGCGUGGUGAAACCCAAGUGUUUUGCACGGCAACCCUGGGUGAUCGUGAUGCUGUCAAGCGCCUGGAUGAGAUUGAGGUGGCUGUGGCCGGCCUGAGCCCACAAAAAAGCUUUUUCUUCGACUAUGAAUUUCCUGCAUACGCCAUUAACAAAAUUCGCGUGCGGCGCGGCCAGAUGCGUCGCGAAACUGGUCACGGCUCGCUGGCCGAACGAGCCCUGGGCCGCAUGAUUGAUCCCGGCUAUGAGAAUACCGUGCGUGUGACAAGCCAAGUAACCAGUUCUUUUGGCAGUUCAUCCAUGGCCUCCGUCUGCGGUGGCUCCCUGGCUAUGAUGGAUGCUGGCGUCCCGCUGCGCGCGCCAGUUGCUGGUCUCUCGUGUGGACUUGUGGGAUACACGGACGAAGAGGGGCAGCUCACAAAAUACCAACUCUUGACUGAUCUCAAGGGCUUUGAGGACAUCUAUGGAGCGAUGGAUCUGAAAAUGGCCAGCACCCAAUCCGGUGUCAACGCGAUUCAGUUUGAUACGGAGCUGCGCGGUAUUUCCUUGGACGUGUUGGAGGAAGCCAUGCAGCGUACAUUUGACGGCAAGCAGGUUGUGCUCAAAGAAAUGAACGCGGCCAUGCCAGCCACGCGCACUGAUCCCAAGGCCUGUCACCCGAUGACAUGUGAGUCGUCUUCCGCACCUGAUGCAUUUCAACCGCUUCUAGAACACGUCUACUCAUCAAGAGACUUUUGUUUGUGA